AUGCCUUUGUCUGGUAUUACUUCAAAGAAUGAUGACACUAAUCAUCAAAAUGGUAGUAAUUCAUUACUAUCAUUAGGUCAAGAUCAUGGCUUGUCUUAUCAACAACUGGACUCUAAUGAUGUUAAUCAAUUCGGUAAUCAACAAACUGGCCAACAACAAGCUGGUAAUCAAAGAACUGCUGCUAACCAACAACAACAACAACAAUACCAACAACAACAACAGUAUCAACAACAACAACAGUAUCAAGGUCAAGGCCAACAAGCUGGUCAACAACAAGCUGGUCAACCUUUAUACUACCAAUCUCAUCCUUCUCAACAACAGGGUCAAGCUAACCAAUACGGUCAAUCUUUGCCUCACGAUUUCGGUUACGGUGCUGCUACUGGCUCUAACUCCAAUGCUGCUACUGGCAGUGGUAGUAACAACAAUAAUAAUAGCGCAAGUACCAACAGUACUAGCAACAAUAGUGGUAAUGGAAGUGGUAGCAGUAAUGCUGCUGCUGCUGCUGCUGCUGCCGCCGCCGCCGCCGGAUCUGGUGCCACUGGAACUGGUUCAAAUGCUAACAAUCCAAACUUUAAUCAACAACAAUUCUCUGAAUUGAUGUAUAAUUCCUUUUUGACUCAAUUGUCUCAAAAACAACAACCUCAACAAUCUCAAUCUGUUAAUCAACAACAAUUGAAUAUGAAUAGUUCUUUGAAUCCAGCUACAGCCGCUGCCGCUGCCGCUAAUAACCCAGGUUUCAUGAACCCAUCAAUUCAAAGAUAUUAUCAAAAUAAUUUGUCAGGUUAUCCUUCAAUGAUCGAUUCUUCAAAUCAAUCUAUGUUACAACCAUCUCAUCAGAUUCAAUCUCAAUCAGGCAAUCAGCAAAUGCACCAACAAAUGCCUCAACAAACUUCUGUUCAAUACCAACAACAACAAGCUAUUCAACAAGCUCAAUUGCAAGCCCAGGCUCAAGCCCAAAUGCAAGCCCAAGCUCAGUUACAAGCUCAACAACAACAACAAUUGCAAGCCCAGCAACGCCCUCAAGGCCGCGCUAAGAAAGGUCCAAAGGGUCCUCGUAACACCGCUGCUCGUAACAAUGCUAAUUCUGGUAACGCUCAUUCAGGUGCUGCUGGUGCAGGUCACACUACUAAAGGUGGUAAAGGUGCUAAUGGUCCAAAGAAAUUGUCUACUACUCAAAGUAGAAUUGAAAAGAGAAAACAAUUAAAGAAACAAGGUCCAAAGAGACCUUCUUCUGCUUAUUUCUUAUUCUCCAUGUCCAUUAGAAAUGAAUUAUUACAACAAUUCCCAGAUGCUAAAGUUCCAGAACUUUCAAAAUUGGCUUCUGCAAGAUGGAAGGAAUUGACCAUCGAAGAUAAAAAACCUUUCUAUGAUGAAUUCAGAGUCAAUUGGGAGAAAUAUAGAGUAUUAAGAGAUGAAUAUGAAAAGACUUUACCACCAAAGAGACCAAGUGGUCCAUUCAUUCAAUUCACUCAAGAAAUCAGACCUAUCAUUGUUAAGGAAAAUCCAGACAAAAAUCUAAUUGAAAUAACAAAAUUGAUUGGUGAAAGAUGGAGAAACUUAGAUCCUGCUGAAAAGACUAAAUACACUGAUGCUUACAAACAAAAAUUAAAGGAAUGGGAAAAAUUCUAUCCUGCUGAAGAAUUGUUAAAGGUUGAAGAAUCAAAACCACGUAAGAAUAGGAAAAAUAACAAGCAAAAAAAUGCUGCUAACGCUGCUAAUGCUGCUAACACUGCUAACGCCAACGCUAAUGCUAAUGCAAAUGUUAAUGCUAAUGAAUUGAAUUUGAACUUGGUUAACCCAGCUACUGGUCACCCAGGUGAUUUAAAUGCUACUGGUGCCCCACAAACUAUUAACCCUGUUAACACCGACGUUAAUAACCUUGCCAACGGUAUGAUCAAGCACGAUUGA